AUGAACGCAGAUCUGGAGCGCGUUUCGCUCAACUCGGCGAACUCCGUGGGAUCCAGCGGACGUUCGCUAUCCUCCAAUGUGAAGAAACUUCACGCUGCGCUCACCGUGCUCCUCAACGAUUUUGAGCGGGAGCAGUUCAUACACUGUCUCAACGUUUACCACUCAAAGCGCAACGUGUUCGACUUGGUCCAAACUCUCAAAGUAAUCCUCAAUACACCAAGCAAACGACAGCUGUUGCCUAUGCUGCGCCUGGUCAUCCCGCGCUCAGACCAGCUCUUGUUCGACCAGUAUACGUCGGAAGGCCUUUAUUUGAAAUCUGAUCUGGUGCCCAGCAAUGGUAGCCCAGAAAGCUUGGGCGAAGUAAGUAAUGCAAAUACUGUGCCAGUAUCUGCCGGGCACAUACACUCAGCUCAGCCAGAACAGACUCAGUCCUAUCCUGUGCCGCUUGGAGCCUCUGCGGAUACUUUCAGCACCAUCGGCGAGGGGACAGCUCCCCUUGUGCCACUUUCCGGGAGAUCGCUACUACUGGAAGAGCCGGGAGAGAUCCGACAGGUUAUUCUGAAGCGCAAUAAGAGCAACGAGGGUUUGGGGUUCAGCAUACGCGGCGGCUCCGAGCACGGGAUUGGCAUCUAUGUAUCCUUGGUGGAGCCGGGGUCCUUUGCCGAGAAAGAGGGCUUGAGAGUCGGGGAUCAGAUACUGAAAGUCAACGACAAGGUUUUCGACAGAGCCACCCAUGCAGAGGCAGUGAAAGUGCUGAAGGGGAGUAAAAAGCUCUCCAUGUCGGUUCGCUCCGUUGGCCGGAUCCCGGGCGGCUACAUCACCAAUCACGUGUACACCUGGGUGGACCCGCUGGGCCGCAGUGUGUCACCGCCCCCGGACCUGCCCGAGCACCGCAGCGGCACCGCCCACCGCUCCGACAGCCUGAGACGCAGCCACCUGCAGCUGCUGCAGGACGGAGACCAGAAGAAGGUCAAUCUGGUAUUGGACGGCAGCCGUUCCUUGGGGCUGAUGGUCCGGGGAGGGGCGGAGUACAAUCUGGGCAUCUAUAUCACCGGGGUGGACCCAGAGUCCGCUGCAGAGAGUGGGGGCUUGAAGGUGGGCGAUCAGAUCCUGGAGGUGAACGGGCGGAGCUUCCUGAGCGUCCCGCACGACGAGGCGGUGCAGGUGCUGAGGUCGUCGCGUCACCUGAUGAUGACGGUGAAGGACGUGGGCCGUCUCCCGCACGCGCGCACGGUGGUGGACGAGACCAAGUGGAUCAGCAGCGCACAGAUCGCAGAGAGCUCGGCCGGGGGAAGCGUGGCGGGGCUGCCAAUGGAGCGUGGAGCCACAGCAUCAGGGAAGUCGGUGUUCUAUAAGGGCGUGGCUGGGUCUCAGGUGACCCUGUGCAGUCUGGUGACCCCGCCCCGGGCCCUCCUGGAGGAGCAGGCACGCCACCUGCUGACGGAGGCGGAGAGGCAGACGAUGGUCUACUACCUGAAGGAGUACGGGGACGGACACAUCACAGUGGAGCCGCUGGUCAUGGCGCUGUUCGAGCUGCUCAACACGCAUGCCAAGUUCUCCCUGCUGUGUGAAAUCCGGUCCCUGGUGGCCCCUCAGGACCUGGUGCGCUUUGACGGGCUGGUCUUACGUCGGGAGAUCGAGGCCCUGAAGGCCCGGCAGGAGAGGGCCAGCGUGCUGAACCACGACACCUACUCCGUCACCUCGUACCCUGAAACUGUCCCGUCCUCCAGCGCCAACUACCCAAGCUCUGCAACGCUGGGCUCAGCACGGGAGCAAAUGCUGUGGUUGACAGACUUGAUGGAGAAUGACAGCUCGUUGGAUGGUAAUAUUGAGGUGCCACAGGACAGUUUUGAUGCUCUGCCUGACAUCUCUCUGGACGAAGUGCAGUCUACAUCCGACUCCCCGCCCUCCUUCAAACCCCCUCCCCCGCCGAGGGUUACGAGACGCCCCAGCAGGAAGGACCAGUCGAGGCACCCCUCGCCUGGCUCGCCCCAAUCCAGCCUGCUGUUCGCUGCCCCCUCCACCUCCACCGCCCCCCAGAACGGCACCCACACCUCCCCGGCCAAACAGGAAGCGGCAGCGGCCCAGAAGGCCCGCGUCCUGACCCAGCCCCCGGCGAGCCCUUUCCCCCGGGGGCGGUCCCCUUCGUCUGCCUCCCCUGCCCGCCCAGCCCCCCAGACUCCGUCCUCUACCCUCUCCCUCCCUCCGUCCCCCGCCCCCUCCCUCCCCGAACCCGCCCCAGCCCCUCCCAGCCCGGAGAAGGCCCCGCCAUCUUCGCCCGGCUCGGCCCAGCAGUUUGUCACGGUGGAGGUUCACAAGCCCAGAGCGGAGCCUGGCGUCAGCGAGGUCCGAGUGCUGCCCCAGGCCAGAGGGACCACUCUCUCCCAGCUGUCGGACAGCGGGCAGACGCUCAGCGAGGACAGCGGGGUGGACAUCGCAGAGUCAGGGGGCCUGAGCAAGGACAGCAGCCCCCGACCUGCCAGGACACACCCACAGCACGAGCCCCAGGGAGCCAGGGGGACAGCUGAGCCCUCCACCAAACCGCCCACCUCCUUCCUGGUCCAUGUGGUAAAGAGUGCCAGCACCCUGGGCAUCGCCAUCGAGGGGGGCGCCAACACCCGCCAGCCCCUCCCCCGCAUCGUCACCAUACAGAGGGGCGGCUCCGCACACAGCUGUGGCCAGCUGAAGGUGGGUCAGGUGAUCUUGGAGGUGAACGGGGUCUCGCUGAGCGGGCUGGAGCACCGGGACGCGGCACGCCUCAUCGCCGAGGCCUUCAAGAACAAAGAGAAGGACCACGUCGACUUCCUGGUCACCGACCUCAACAUGUAGGGGGCGCCAGAGAGAUAAUCUCCGUGUAAUGGCGAUGGGGAGGAUGGAAGAUGAGGGGUCGGUAAAGACAGUCAUACAGGGUUCAUAUGGAUGUUUCGCCAUCCUUCCCAUCCUCCUCUUCUCGGACUGUGGGGGGUUUGGGGGAGGGUCAGCAGAGAGGGUCUUCCCACUAGGGCUGUGUCCCAAGGACUCCGCAGGAGAAGGGAGAGGGGCUGUGAUGUCAGACUGAACCUUCAUCUAAAUACUGAAAAACAGACAAAGCUUGGGGACUGAAGGACAGAAGACUCUGUGACAUCAUGGAGAGCAAACUGCAGUGCCCUCUUACUUCCUGUCACUCUCCCCCCUCCAUCUAACCCCCUCCAAAUGUUCACCUUCCUCACUACUGCCUGAUGACACAACCCCAGCUACCGCGGCACCCAAGUAUCUUGGGACCUAGGCGGCAGCACAAACAGACUCUCAAAAGUAUCACAACAACAGAUGGCUGAGAGAGAGAACUUCAAUCGGCAGCCAUUUUCUCUCUCUAACUGGGGGGUUUAGUGCUUCUUUGAGUCAGAAAAACAGCUUGCGCUGUCCCAGAAUCCCCACUGCAUAACAUCACCUUAUCAGCUCCAAAGAAUCGACUGUUUUCUACAUGUGUUUACGGGUGCCAUUUUUAUAAGUACACCGCCCACACACACACACACACACACUUGCACUGACAUCUAUGUAAAAUUUAAAUACAGUAUAUGUAUAUGUAAAAUAUACGUCUGUACAAAUAAAUAGUACUAUAUAUGUGAAGGCAGAGGUUAGAGAUAUGAUUCUUAAUCAGGUCUGUGAGGGUGUUAUUUUUGCUAAGAGGAUCAUUUUAGCCAACCGCAGUUAUUUCUUACAGUAAUAAGGAUCACUUAAACCAAUCCACUUUAAUUGCCUUUGCCUCGUUGGCUGCAUUUGCUUUUGCUUGUGGAGAUCUGUGGCCCGGCCUGCUUCCUUAAUUACGCUAAGCCGUGCUAAUUAAAAGUCUGGCGGUGAAGCAUAGCGCAACCAGUAGUGUCGCUGAAGCAGACCCAGGGCCUAAGCAGGGACUACAGGGUUGAUUUAUUUUUGUGGGAGACCUCAGAAAUCCGUUACAAUUCAGGAGAGACACCGGAGGAAACUGGGAUAAUAUAUGAGCACUUUAUCACAAGUGGGACACUUAAUGAGACCGUAAUGAAGAGGUAGAGAUGGUGCAAUUGACAAAAUGAGGAAAUGACCAAAAGUAUCUGUUGGUGGUAGGGUGUGAUGGGAAGGGGGAGCAGUUAUUUUUAAAGAUAGUGGCUCAAGGGAUUAUUCUGAACAGAAUGGUGUGACUGUGUGUGUGUAUGGGUAUGUACUGUAUGCAUGCGACAUGUGUGUGUGUGUCAGCUAGUUUUCCAUGAGAGUAAUGGCAAGGGUAUGUGUGUCCUUGCGUGCAUGUAUGUGUCCUUGGGUUUGUGUGUCUGUGUGCGUUGGAGUUACUAUUUUUGUAUGGACGUUUCUGUGGGUCUGUAUAUUUGUAUAUACAGUGCUUUUGUUGUGUGUGUGCCACAUUCUGUUUGUAUUUUUGGGUGUGAAUUUGUGUCUCAUUAUGUGUUUGCAUUACUGCACAUCUGUGUGUGUGUGUGCAGGCGUGCAUGAAUACUUGUGUGUGUGUGUACACGUGUGUGUGUGUGUGUAAUUACUCAUUAAAAACAUGAAGAGGCAAGAUUUGUACUGAGGUCUGUACUGAGGUCUGUACUGAUAAGCUUCCUACAGCUAUAAGGAGUUAACACUAUGGUGGACCUAAUAAAAUAAUGAACAAAUAAUAUUUUGAAUAUGCAUUUAUGACUUGAAUGAAAAAGAGGCUUAUAAAGGGUUUUGCAUUAUUUUUAUAAGAAAAUAAAAGAUAUAAGGUAUGCACAGAUGUUUUUGCAGAUGUGUACAUACCGGGCCCCAAAAAAUGUGUUGUACUGUAUAUAAUGCAAUUAAAACAGCAAUUCCAACGUGUAGAGAAAUAUCAGUGUAACUUGUGCGUAUUACAAAGUGACAAAGAUGUAACAUUCUACUUAGUGAUUUCACAAUAAAUGAUCCACUCCUCACAACAGUUUUUCUUUUCGGUUUUGGUAUUUCUGUGUUUUUUUCAUGCGUGUACAUUUCCUGGCCUGAGGCAGAAUGUGUUCUGAGGAUCAAUCUGUAACAGAAGGCCGAUACUGUGUGAAUUACAUGGGGCAUAACCAGAGACAUAA